UAGACGAUUUAUCGCAUUCCUGUACAAAGUAUUUCUUCACGUAACACUUAUAUAAUUGUGUAUAUGCAUAUUCAGUCAGCAAUUCCUGAAAUGGCUGUACGUACAUUACGCAACCGCAAUACCAGCUGAUAAAAAUAUUUUCAGGUGAAACAGCCUGAAAUUUCCAGACGUUUCUAGUCUGCUUUUCUUAUCCAUAUAAGCGAGUUGCGCCGUCGCAUAAAAGUUUGUCCGUGAGGUGUAUGUGGACAAUGCAUAGAUGACGUACGUUGUUUUACUUCAAGAUUAAUUCUAAAGUUGUUUAAUUAACCUGGUUGCAACAGAGGUUGCAGUUUUCGUGCGAAAAUGUUUCUUGAAUACGAUCCUGAACCAGUGACACGGGAGCAAUAUUGUGCGUGCAUAGAAAAUGAGUGCCAUUGCGAAAAACAGAAUGUUUAUGAGUGGGCAUGGGAUGAUAAAUUAGCUACUGCUGAUUUACAAUUAACGGAUCGUAAUUUGGAGGUUAAAUUUCAUCCUGGAUAUAGUACUGGGACAGCUGCUGUGAGAGGUACUACUAGUUUGGCGAAAGGUAGACAUCACUAUUGGGAGGUCAAGAUGAUUACUCCAGUUUAUGGUACCGAUGUGAUGGUGGGAAUGGGUACCCAUAAAGUCACUCUAGAUAGUGCCAGGUUAAAGUUUUGCUCAUUGCUGGGACUGGACUGUGAAUCCUGGGGUUUUUCUUAUAAGGGAUACUUGCAACAUGCAGGAGAAAUACGUAAUUAUGCUCCAGGUUUUAGUUAUGGAAGUCUGGUAGGUGUGCAUUUGGAUACUUGGAGAGGAACAUUACAGUUUUUCCACAACAGAAAACCACUUGGAAUAGCAUUUACUGGAUUAAGGGAUGUGGAGUUGUACCCUAUGAUAAGUUCAACAGCAGCUAAAAGUAGAGUGCGCAUAACAUAUAGCUGCUCAGAGCCAGCUUCAUUACAAAUGGCUAGUUUAUCUGUUAUGCCUUCUCUACAUAAAACAUACCUUGCAGAAGCGUUUCCAGGUUUAAAGUAUAUUACACAAAGUAUAUUUGCAGAUGUACUGCAAAAAAGUAAUGACAACAUAGAUGAAGAUGAACAGCCUCACGAAUUUAUGAUUUUGGACGACUUUGACAUAGCUUUAGUAGGAUUUCCUAAAGGAGGCAGAAGUGUAUCAAGAUUACAGAGUGAAGUAAAUGCUACUAUAAAUAGCAAUCCUCUAUGAUCAUCAAAUUAUUAGUAAUUAAAAAUGACCUGCCAUUUGUGGAAGAUAUAAAAUUCAUUAUAGCAUAAAAUUCUUUUUAUAUUUUGUACUUUGCUGUUAAUGGUAUAUCGAAACGUACGUUCGAUCAUUUUAUAAGGUUUUCGUUUGUAUGUAGUGUUUAGAACAUUUGUUUCUACAUGAUUACAUUGUAAAUAUAACUCAUAAAAACGCGAUCAUAUGAUACAUCUGUUUAACAAUAAGUUAUGUUGGUGUAAUUUUAUUUGAUAAAAAAUGUAAUACAACGUGCGAACCUUGAACAAUAUAAAGAUUAAAAA